AUGCCUGGAGUCCGCAUUUGUGCCAAGGCAAUCAGGGAGAGAGCUGCCAGCUGCAACGCCGCCCUCUUUAUAGAGCCGGUCAGUGGGUGUGAGGGUGGGUCAGUGGGUGUGAGGAGGCAGGAAAAGAACAGGUUUGGGUUGGAGAAGGCCGAGGAGGUGGUGACGAUCACGUGUAAUGGGUCAGAAGCGGCCUGCACCGCACUGGCUCUGCUGACCUCAUCAAAGCUGGACGACCCUCCUGACCUCAUCAACACCGCCUGA